UAUUUUCAAGUUACAACAUUCGAAUCGAUCGGAAAAUAAUUUUGAUGUUAAUUUCUCAUUUGUUAGAUUGGAUUAAAAAACAUGACAAAAUUGAAUCUCAGCUGUUUAUCAAAAUUUAUGUCUCCAUAAAUAGCAGUAAAAAGCUAUUCCCAAUCAUUCAGAUUAUCUGACAUUUCUUUUUAAUUUAAGCCGACUUCAUUGCUUGAUUGAUUAUUAUAUUAACAAUGAAACAAUUUUCUUUUACCCUUUAAUAAUUUCGAGCAUCUUUUUGGUUUUGUUUUGACAUUGCCUUAUCAAGUUACCAAAAUGAAUAUCGAUAAUUUGCCUGAUGACUGCUUAUUAUAUAUUUUCAAUCUUUUCAAUAGAUUUGAGACUCUUCUGAAUUGUGCUUCAGUUUGUGAAAGAUGGAAAUUCUUGGUUUUCGAAAGGUUUCGUAAUGUUAAAUACUUGUCAGAUUACUGUAUAAGCGGUCAUUUUCCUACCAGUACGAUAUUCAUUGGUGAUGAUUCCCGACUCAAGCAAACUGACAUAUUAAAAUGGCUUCCUAAACUCAAGAUUUUGGCUUUUGGAUGCCUUGACUUGAGUUGCUUUUCGACUUUACCGGUCAAAGGAUUGCUAUUGGUUUGGUAUGCAGUUAUGACUAACGUCAAUUUGGAACUUCCGUUGAUUGAAAUGCUAGCUGCAGAUUAUCAUAACUUUUUCGUAAAUGAUAUACACGGUCCAAAGCUAAAGCAAUUAUUUAUUCGCAGAUGCAGACUUUCCAAGUUCUCCAGAUGUGCUAAGCAUUUUCCGAACUUGAAGCGACUUCAUAUUGAAAAAUUUACAGGACGACCUUUCAAAGAAAAAUUUUAUUCUGGACCUGUUUUCGAAAAGCUGGAGAUUUUAGAAAUGGCUUUUCACACACGAUUGAAGCCAUGUGCAUAUUAUGGAUUCAGCCUUGCAGACCAUUGUCAAGCUCUGAAAAGUGCUUUUCAUUUUAUUCAAGAUGAUAAGGAAUUUUUCAUCAACAGCGGGAUUAAAAAUCAUUUCUUAGAAGAUUUAGUUCUUCAAUUUGAAGCUCGUCAGGAUUGGUCAGUUUUAAGACGAAUAUUGAUCAAGUAUCCAAAUUUGAAACAUUUGGCUAUCGUAAGAGAACAUGACACAGGAAUAUCUGAUGAAAAUAUUCCCGAACUUUUGCAGUUACUUGCGCAUAUUACUCUCAUUGAUCUCAGAAACUCGGAAAAAGUAACCGAAAAGUCAACUGAAUAUAUUGAUUGGUUCUGUAGACAUCAUAACCGUUCAAUUUCAUUCUAUUACCAAAAAAGAACUCAAAUAACAAAGAAAUGGCCUCAUUUAUCAACCAAACGAGUUCUUCUAGGUGAAGGAUUUGAUUUCAUGAAACACUGUUUCUUGAUGGAUUACAAUACUUUGCCUCAUCUACUGGUUCCUAUUGAAUAAACAAAUAUCCAUGCAAUCACAUUUGAAUCAUUGAGAAUAGUUAGCCAAGUAUGAUAAUAUUUAUACAUGUAAUCACUAUUCUUUCAUCAGUUACAAUUGCAUGAUAUGAGAUAUUAUGUAUCGAGAUAUGAAA